AUGAUUAGUGGUCUCAUUAAAAACAUCAGGGGUAAAGUCGUUUUAGUCCAUCAACAAGAUCUAGUCCUUAGUCCCGAACUCGAAACAAUUGAGGAAUUAUGUAGUUUAGACGUCCGGGGGAGAGAGGGCUUAGUAGAUGAAGUUUGUGAGGCUUUUGGUAUCGAAAUUUCAAGUUUGCCAGUCGUUUUGGUUUAUGGUGAAAUUUUCGGACUAGAAGACAUAGAUAAGAUAGAGGCUAAAAUUAAAGCUAAAGGUGAAGAAGAGUUAGAGGCGGCUAAGGAAUUAGUGCGCAAAGAAAAGCGAGUAGUAUUUAUUAAAGGUACUCCCGACCAGCCCCAAUGUCGGUUUACACGGCAACUCUUGCAAAUUCUAGCUGAAGUCGGUUUACAACCAUCUGACUAUGUAAGUGUUAACAUACUAGCUAGUCAACGAGUUAGAGAAGGAAUGAAGGAGUAUGCUAAUUGGCCAACUUAUCCUCAAAUCUAUAUUGAUCAUGAAUUCGUCGGGGGUCUAGAUGUUCUCAAGGGAGAGCAAGAUAAGGGUACUCUGGCCCAAUAUCUUAAGUUAAGUUUAGAUUGA